AAACACUCCUCGCAUACGUAAGAUACGAUAAUCGGAUUUAUAAUUUGUUCAAUUUCAACGUUUAACGUAGAGAUUUAAUUAACACGUUGCGUACCGGCUAAUUUUCAGAAAACUGAAUUGUGCGGAUGACGAUCUUCGUUGCAGAUUGACAUUCGUUUAAUAAUCUCUGUUGGAAGUGUAUGGAAAAAGUGUCGCACGAGCAUGGAUUCCAAAAAAGGAACCUACGCCUCACCUGAUGGUUCAAGGACAUGGGAGUAUUUGGCUAUCGCGACUUCUGCUGUGAUGGCUGGUUGCCUUGGCUUCGUUAUGGGUUGGAAUUCUCCAAGCAUUGUAAUACUAAUGGCGGAUGACUCACCUAUUGCAGUUACAGCAUCAGCUGCUUCAACAUUGGUAGCUGUUGUAGCCCUAGGUCAUCUGGUAGGACCGCCGUUGAAUAUUUUCCUAGCUGACAAGCUUGGAAGGAAAGUCACUAUACUGAUAAGUUUCUCACCCCUCAUAGUUAGUUGGGGUUUAAUCACAAUAGCCACUUCUAUUUGGGAGCUGUAUGUGGCAAGGUUCAUAGCAGGAUUCGCCACGGGAUUAUUCGUGUGCGUGGCGCCGAUGUACAUCGGCGAAAUUUCGUCGCCGAGUACGCGGGGUGCCGCGAACUCGCUGAUCGGGAUCGUGUAUAACACCGGCAUCCUGGUUACAUUCAUCGUUGCUCCUUACCUGACUUUAUCAUUCACGGCCCGCGUGUUCUUCGUGUUCAACGUAGCCGCUGUCGUCGCUUUCUGGUUCAUGCCGGAGUCGCCUUACUUCCUGGUGCUGAGGAACAGAAUGGAAGACGCGGAGGGCGUGCUGGAGAAGCUGCGUGGCAAGACCGACGUCUCCGAGGAGCUGCAAACGGUCAUCGACAGUUUGUCGAGGGAAGAGAAAGGAGCUGCGAAAACUGGAAGCAUGAGCGAGGUGUUCACGUCGCGUGGCAACUUCAUGGCUUUCCUCUCGAUCCUGUUGUUCUCGGUAACACACCAUUUCGGCGGCUUCUUCACUCUAAUCAUAUACGGCCAGCUGAUCCUCAAGACGACCAGCACCGCCAUCACCGACUACACUAUGAACGUGAUCAUCGGCGUGACUCAAGUGGUCGCCUCGUUCGUAACGAUAAUCCUGGUCGACAAGCUUGGCCGCAAACCGCUGAUCCUUGUGUCGGGUGUCCUAGCUGCUCUGUCGAACCUCGUCAUAGGUGUUUUCUUCUACGCAAAAGACUACACCAGCUUGGAUCUGCAGGCGUACUCCUUGGCGCCCUUCAUUGCUUCCAUUGUACUGGUUUUCACGUUCAGCUGCGGCCUGGUAUGCUUACAGAUCAUCCUGAUGUCGGAGAUAUUCGCUACGGAAGUCAAGGCUGUCAGCACCUGUCUUGUCGGAGUGUUAGGCGGUGUGCAGGGUGUCGUUGGCUGCAAGCUUUACAUAUGGGUUGCUAUAACGUUAGGGUAUGGCCACUCGCUACCGUUUCUGGGAUACUUUGUCGUAGUGGCGAUUUGUACUGCGGUUAUUUAUCGCAUCACGCCGGAAACGAAGGGCAAAACUUUCGUGGAGAUUCAGAAGAAAUUGAAUAAAUCGUCUUGAUGCGCGAGGAUUUGUGGGCAGACGGGUGUAUGGUUGGUAAAGGAGAGGGUAGGUUUGUGGUGUCUUCUUGUGAAUAGGAAUCUGUGUGUUGAGAGUACACUUGAAAGAAUUUCCUAGUUUUAUUUGGUAGUCGAAAGGAAUUGUUUUUUUUUAUAAUUUGCUAUGCUGAUUGAUGAUUUUUUUUGGUGAAUUAUACUUUACGUAAUGAAAACUUUUAGAAUGCUUGAAGAUUAUUAGGAGAAUUAGUAUCUUUACAUUUUUGUGCCUUCAAUGAUCUUCCUAUGUUUGAGAGUGUACACUAAACAAAGUAUUCUUAAUUAUUUUUAAUUUGAUAAACUGUGUUUAAUUUGUUUAGUGUGUACAAUGUAUAUAUCAGUAUAAGAAAAAUGAGUAUCUUAUUCGUUUGUAAUUUGUAAAUAGAAACGAUGCGAAGACUGUA